UUACACGGGUACCUACCUAGGAUGCUUCUUAGCGCAUGUGCAGGGAAGCUCCGAGCAUCGCGAGGCCGCAAGCCCCGUCGGUCCCCCAUCCUCCGUACCCUUCCGGCCAGCCAUCCCGCAUGGCAUAACUAACGCGCCCAACUUACGAGCCGCCCUAAGGCAAUAAAUAAUCGCAACUUUUCGCACGCUUUUCCGACACACGAGACGCUAGACAUGGCGGGCGUCACCGGAAAUGCGGUUCUAUCAGUGCCCAAAUUCCUGCUCCCGCGUCUAAGCUGGACGACAGGUCCGAUCGGGCCUCCACCAGCGCUUCGGGCCGCGACUUUUGUGCCUCUGCAGAGGCGACGACUGUGGCAGGCGUGCAGGACAGCCUCGCCAUUCCACUCGUCCCCCAAGCUCCCCGAGUGCACUCCGAGAACGGCGGCGGCGGGACCGUCCCUGCUCCUGCGAAACCUAGGCUGGAGGCGGGCAUUCCACACCACGGCGCCGCGGGGCCGCGAUCAUCACUUCGACACGCUAAAGUUCGUCCAGCGGCUGCAGAGCGAGGGGUUCACGGAAGAGCAGUCGGUCGCCAUGAUGAAGGUGCUCAACGACGUGAUUGAGGAGAGCAUCCAGAACCUGACGCGGACGAUGGUGCUGCGCGAGGACGCGGCGAAGGCGACGUACACGCAAAAAGUGGACUUCGCGCAGCUGCGGUCGGAGCUGCUGUCGGCGGACAGCACGGAGUCGAACGCGACGCGGGCCGCGUACGAGCGGCUGACGAACGACAUCACCAAGCUCAACAACCGCCUGCGCGACGAGAUCGGCCGGACCCAGGCGUCGGUCCGGCUGGACCUCAACCUCGAGAAGGGCCGCAUCCGCGAGGAGGCCGUCAGCCAGGAGCUCAAGAUCAAGGAGACCGAGACCAAGAUCGAGCAGGAGGUCGCCGCCCUCCGCGAGAAGCUCGAGCAGGUCAAGUUCCAGACCCUCCAGUGGCUCAUGGGCGUCUGCACCGGCUUCGCCGCCCUGCUGCUCGGCGCCUGGCGGCUGCUCAUGUGAUCCUCGGCCCGGGAGUUGCUCUCGAGGCCGAGCGACCAAAAGAGUUCCGGUAAGGGGCGAGCCUUUCUGCGAGGAUCGCUAGCAUCAACACACCGCGCCAUCUUUAACCAGAGGGA